GCCGUGCGGCGGCGGGCGCCGCGCGCGUGGCUCCUCGGCGGGGCGGCGGCCGAGCCCCGCAGCCGGGAGCGCGACGGGGGCGGCGGCCGCCGCGCGCUGCCGGGCGGCGGGGGCGCAACGGCGCCCGCGGGGGCGGCGGGCAUCGGCCUCGUGGAGCCCCUCGCGAGGCAGCUGCCGAGGCCGGAGCAGGAGACGCUGAUGCAGGUGGUGCGCCUGCUGUCGGCCCCGGUGUACUCUCGUCGUGGCUGCCCGUGCUCGUCCUCGUGGGCCUCCAGGCGGGCGGCCUGCGCCGCGCGGCACGUGGCACGCGGGCGCUGGUCGAGCGCCUCUACACCCAGACGGUGAGCCUCCCGAGCGCCGAGCUCGUGGCCUCGCUCGGGCGGGCCAUGGGCGAGAGGGGCGUGCUGCGGAGCAGCACGGCCCUGCCCGGCGGGGCCCAGGUCCAGAAGGGGGGCCGCGUGCUCAACCCGGGGGCCCUGGGGCCCGCGCUGACGCUCGUGGGCCUCGGGCCGGAGGCGCGGCGCGCGGAGUUCCUGCUCGCGCACCCGCGGCCGGCGCUGGAGGGGCCGCUGUACCGGUCGCGGUGCGGGGGCCUGGCGCUGUGCUGCCUCCGCUUGGGGCUCCCCCUGUCCAGCCAGGACGCAGGGGAGUGCUGGGUGGUCUUCUCCGUGGAACAGUUCGAGCGCUGCGCGGCCAAGGAGGGGGCGCGCGAGGCGCUGGCGGCGGCCGCCGAGGGCGGCAGGGCGAUCGCCGUCGCGCCGCCUGGCACCUCGCUCGCCUCGGCGCCCGCGCUCGGCUGGAGGGAGUACUGCGCGGAGUCCUCCGACUGGGUCGUCCGAGAGGGGGCGGGCCUGUCGAAGGUGCAGGCCGCGCGGCUGCCGGCUCGGGCGCGCGUGCUGGCGGCGGGCGCGCCGCGCAGGGCCGAGUACCGCCACUCCUACUUCGAGGUCUUCGAGCGGCCCGGCCGGCUCUGGGGGUGCUGCGUGGUGGCGCUGCAGGUGCUGCAGUGGCUGCUGGUCCGCCGCGCGUCCACCAGGAAGCUGUGCGAGCUCGUGGUGGGGGCGAUGUCGCGGGCAAAGUGGCUGGCGACGAUCACCUGCACGGCUCUGUGCGCACAGGCUCUCGUCAGCCGCUGGAAGCAGAGGCGCUCGCGCGGCAAGGCGAUCGAGUCCGACAUCCUGGGGUCCCAGUCGAGUCAGCAAGAGGCGCGGCUUACCGCGGUGACGAUAGCUCUGAAGGCGCUCUCAUGGAUCGUGUGGCUGCUUUGCGUGAUGGCCGUGUUGGGAAUCAACAUCGGUCGCGUGCUGCUUGUGCCAUCAGUCGGCGCCAUCUUCCUUGGGUUUUUGGGCCAGGACAUCUUCUCCAACGUCCUGAGCGGCCUGGUCGUCUUCUUGACGCAGCCCUUCGCCCAAGGCGACUGGAUCACGCUUGAGAAGGGGCAGACCGGGUGGGUGCACCAUAUUGGUUUGUUCUACACUAAGGUUGUGCUAUGGGACAAGCGCCCGCUGUACGUACCAAACGCCAGGCUGAUUCAAAUGCUCGUCCAGAACAAUUCGCGCAUGAGCCACAGGCGAAUCAGAUUCGACAUCAACGUACGGCUUAAGGAUGUCCCAAAGGUCCCUGCCAUUGUCAAGGAUCUCCAAGGCAUGCUCGAGCAACACCAAGACCUGGACUGCAUCCAGCACAAGCUCGUGCGGUGGCGGCAGGUUGGGGACUAUUACGCUACAGUGUGGCUUUCCUGCUACACGAAGUCCACCGAAGAGGGCAUCCGGACGAAGCACUUCAUCGCGGUGGAGCAGUCCGUUCUGGAGCGCACGGCCGCGAUCCUCUACAAGCACGGGGCGGACUUCGCGACGUCGCUAGAGCGGUCCACGAGUACGGCGCUCGAGGCGGCGGAGGCGGCCGGGCCGGCGAGGUCCAGGGAGGCCGGGCGCGAGGCCAGCGGCGGCGAGCUGCGCGCGCGGGAGCGGGUGCUGCGCGAGUCGCGCGAGGAGGCGCUGCGGGCCAAGGAGGCGAAGGUCCGCGCCACGGAGCUGCGGAUCGACGGCCUGCAGGGGGUGCUGGAGGAGCGGGCGCGGGAGCUCGAGGCGCGGGAGGAGCGGCUUCGCGCCGCUCUGGAGCUCCGCGCCGCCGGGCUGGAGGGCGGCCCCGGCGAGCCAGAGGCCGACCAGCCGCAGGCGCUGGACCGCGCCGCCCGCGGGGAGGCCAGCGGCGCGGGCGCCGCCGCGGCCGAGGGCGCCAAGCUGGAGCCAGAGCUGCGGGGCGGGGCGGAGCCGGCGCCGGGCGACGCGCUGCAGGCGAUGGAGGACGAGGUCUCCGAGCGGAGCCGCGCGGCGGACAGGCGGCUGCAGGAGCUGAGCCGGAAGAGCAAGGAGCUCAGCAGGAAGGGCGAGGGCCUGGAGCGCGCCGCGCAGGAGGGCCUCGGCGCGGGGUGACCCGGGGGGGGGG